AUGUCUUUCCAUUCCGGCUUAUGUUGCCAAAGCAAUGACAGGAAUUAUCUUUCUUAUGCAGUAUUUGUGAAUGGAAACUUCUGCAAUGACUCAAAACAAGCAACAGCUGAUGAUUUCCUCUUUAUGGGGUUCGGAAAUCCUAGAAACACAUCGAAUCUGAUCAGAUCAAAGGUCGCUCCGGCUUUCAUCGACCAAUUUCCGGGACUCAACACUCUUGGAAUAUCCAUGACUGGCAUCGACUUCGCUCCCAUUCUGAUCGCGGUGGAGGGUACGCUACUUGUUGGUUUCGUCACUUCCAACCAAUUAAACAACAUUCUCUUCACCAAAGUCUUGUACAAGGGGGACGUGUUUUUGUUCCAAAACGGUCUUAUUCACUUCCCGUUGAAUAUCGGAAACCCCUAUGCACUGGCCUUCGCUAGUCUUAGCAGCCAGAACCCAGGAGUCAUUACCAUUGCUAAUGCUGUCUUUGGUGCGAAGCCACCCAUUUGUGCUGAUGUCCUCACCAAGGCCUUCCAAGUCGAUAAGCGGAUGGUCGGCUCUCUCCAGGCGCCGUAUUGGUACGACGACAACAACUAA